AAUGAUGGCAGAAAUGGUGGGAAGAAAACAGAAAAGAUGAGACACUAAGCAGAAGAAGAUGCAGCUGAACAUGAUGUACACUGUCCUAAAUAUGAGAAGACAAGUCACAAUCAGUGGAAAAUGAAUAUACAGUUUGACAUAAUAUGCUUUCUACAACGGAACUGAAAAGUGCAGCCACAUCCUACUGCAGUAUUGGAAAGAAAAAUAUAGGAUACUUUUAGUUUAUCUAUUUUUUUUGUAAUUUAAUACCAUAUAUGCCAGUCUUCCUCAUCCUUACCAGAUGGUGGCGGUAAUGCACCACGGAUUUUGUUACCAAUUGUCAAUAACGAAGAAGAAGAAGAAUCAGUUGGAAGAAGAGGAAAAGCUGUGAACAGAGUGUUUCGGUUUAUUUAAACACUUUUCUCUCUCACCGGAGCCUCUGUCUUAUCUGACACAGUCUCCAGCUCGGUUCUGGUCAUGGCUGUGGACUGGAUUGGCUUCUGUUAUGCUGUUCUAGUGUCGGCUGGAGGAGUCACUGGUUAUGUAAAGGCAGGCAGCACCGCCUCUCUGGCUGCAGGACUCCUGUUUGGCCUGUUGGCCGCGGCUGGUGCUUAUCUGGCAUCUCAAAAUCCAAAGAAUGUCUGGCUGUCACUAGGCACCUCAGGAAGUCUGACUGUCGUCAUGGGACUGCGAUUUGUCAACUCCUGGAAGUUCAUGCCUGCAGGUUUCAUGGCUUUAGCCAGUGGAAUGAUGGUGGUGAAGAUUAUAACUGGGAUGCUAAAGACGCCACACAAGUCUUCAUAAAACUAAAAUCCGUCUUUACUGUUAAAUAAUAAAUACAAAUUCAUUUUAUAUGUAAAAUGUGGGGAGCUGAGCUCACUUAAUGUCAAUGAUUAUUUUUGCUCCAUUGUAAUUAAAUCAUAAAUGCUGCUGUUUGUGUAAAAUGUAUUGUACAUAUGCUGUAUCUGCACCUUUUCACAGUUGAGAAAUAAUAAAUUCACUUUCUUUAAUACAAAAAUAACUAGUUUAUUUCUUUAGUUACUAUUUUACAAAAACAGUCCGACGGCCUCUUCACGCUACCGAUGGCCUCCGUAUUUGACGGCCCAGUCGACUCGUCCGUGCACUGACUGUACGUUUGCGCUCCGUGGGAAAGUUUUCUUCCGCAAAGAGCUGGUGUUGGAUCCAGGAAUGUGAGGAUUCACACAUCUGCUCCUCCACCUGUCAUACUCUGAAAAAUCUUGUGUUGUAGUGAAGGAAAAAGGUGUGUUUGGACAUCAGUCAGAAAGCAAAAUGAAGU